UUACCCGGCAGGGAGUCGGAAUUCGGCACAACACCGGUCUGCAUCAACUUAGUCAAUGGACAUUCGAGAACUAUGAAAUCGCGCUAAACACGACUUUUAGGAAUAACAAGCUUAACUACGCUCCUCCGUGACUGUUAUAUAUUUUAAAAAGGACACUUCUCGCUAGUAUCCAGUAUUUUAGCCGUACUGUACGUUAGUUGUGAUUUCCAGUGAAGAUGUCAGUGGUGGGAUUUGAUGUGGGCUUCCAGAGCUGUUAUGUUGCUGUCGCUCGGGCCGGAGGAAUAGAGACCGUAGCAAACGAAUACAGCGACCGAUGCACACCGUCAUUCGUGUCAUUCGGUCCUCGUAAUAGAUCGAUAGGGGCAGCCGCCAAAAGCCAGGUGGUCACAAACUGCAAGAACACUGUGCAGGGUUUUAAGCGAUUCCAUGGCAGGGCAUUUAGUGACCCGUAUGUUCAGGCGGCAAAGUCCAGCCUGGUCUUUGAUCUCGCUCAGAUGCCAACUGGAACCACUGGUAUUAAGGUCAUGUAUAUGGAGGAGGAGAAGGUGUUCAGCAUUGAGCAGGUCACUGCCAUGCUGCUGACCAAACUGAAGGAGACCGCUGAAGCUGCGCUCAAGAAACCCGUGGCAGACUGCGUCAUCUCUGUUCCCAGCUUCUUUACUGAUGCCGAGAGAAGAUCAGUCAUGGAUGCUGCACAGAUCGCAGGCCUUAACUGUCUCAGACUCAUGAAUGACACUACAGCAGUUGCGCUGGCGUAUGGGAUCUACAAACAGGACCUGCCUGCUCCUGAGGAAAAGCCCAGGACUGUGGUGUUCGUGGAUGUUGGCCACGCUGGUUACCAGGUCUCUGUGUGUGCCUUUAACAAGGGCAAGUUGAAGGUGAGGCUUUUUCUCCACAUACUUUCUAUGGUGCUAGUUCUUAACCGUCACAGCAUGUUAAUAUUCAAGCCAGGACUGAAGAAAGAGGACAUCUAUGCAGUGGAGAUCAUGGGCGGCGCCUCCAGGACUCCAGCCAUCAAAGACAGAAUCAGCAAAUUUUUCGGAAAGGAACUGAGUACGACGUUGAAUGCGGACGAGGCUGUGGCCAGAGGAUGUGCACUGCAAUGUGCAAUCCUGUCGCCCGCCUUCAAAGUGCGCGAGUUUUCCAUCACAGAAGUGGUUCCCUACCCCAUCGCUCUGAAGUGGACCUCAGCAGCUGAUGAAGGCGUCAGUGAUUGCGAAGUUUUCCCGAAGAACCAUGCCGCCCCCUUCUCUAAAGUGUUAACUUUCUACCGGAGGGAGCCUUUCUCUUUAGAGGCCUACUACAACAAUCCCAAAGAGUUGCCAUAUUCGGAUCCUACCAUAGGCCAGUUUACCAUCCAGAAGGUGGUGCCUCAGCCGUCAGGCGAGAGCUCGAAGGUGAAGGUGAAGGUGCGUGUGAAUGUGCAUGGGGUCUUCAGUGUGUCCAGCGCCUCCCUGGUGGAGGUUGUGAAGUCUGCUGAGGGAGAGGAACCCAUGGAGAUGGACACUCCAGUCAAAGAAGAUGAGAACAAGAUGCAAGUGGAUCAGGAAGUACAGAAGGCUCAAGGAGAUGAUCAGAAAGAACAUGCUGAUAAGAAAUCAGACACUGAAGACAUGGAGACUUCAACAGAAGACAACAAACAGGAGGAGAAGAAGAAUGAACAGCCUCCACAAGCCAAGAAAGCCAAAGUGAAAACAAAGACGGUGGAUCUUCCCAUCGAGAACAGCCUGAACUGGCAGCUGGCCGGUGAAGCGCUCAAUCUGUUCGUGGAGAAUGAGGGGAAGAUGAUUAUGCAGGAUAAACUGGAGAAAGAAAGAAACGAUGCAAAGAACUAUGUGGAGGAAUAUGUUUAUGAAAUGAGAGACAAACUGCACGGAGUGCUGGAGAACUUUGUCAGCGAGGCUGAUCGAGAUUCUUUCUCCUUGAAACUGGAGGACACUGAAAACUGGUUGUAUGAAGAAGGAGAGGACCAGCAGAAGCAAGUAUACAUCGAUAAACUGGUGGAGUUGAAGAAACUGGGAGAGCCGAUUCAGAACCGAUACACGGAGGCAGAGGAGCGGCCAAAAGCUUUGGAUGAGCUCGGAAGGCAAAUCCAGCAGUACACGAAAGUCGUCGAGGCUUAUAAGGCCAAGGAUGAGCUGUAUGAUCAUUUGGAUGAGCUGGAGAUGAUGAAGGUGGACAAGCAGAUGAAUGAAGCCAUGACCUGGAUGAACAACAAAAUGAAUCUGCAGAGCAAACAGAGUCUCAGCCAGGACCCUGUGGUUAAAGCCCAAGAGAUUCAGGCCAAAACAAAGGAGCUGUAUUCUGCUUGCAAUCAUAUCGUCACCAAACCCAAGCCCAAAGUGGAGCCUCCAAAGGAGGAGACGGCAGCCGAACAGAAUGGCCCUGUUAACGGACAGGAGGGUUCAGAGGCCCAAACGGGCAACCCAGAGAAGGGCCAAGCCGCCCCAGAAACCACAGAGGCCAAGCUUCCUGAAAUGGACAUCAACUAAGUUCGCCCGGCCCUCUGCACCAGCCUCUUAUAUGGA